AAUUCAUUUGCACGCGCAGCACACCCGGAUGUCGCAAACUCCUGCAUGGUGCGUUCGUUUUAAACUCCAUCACCGUUCGUCCCUGAUGUGUCCGUAGCUUGCAACACACUCCGCCUAUCUCAACUGACUCUUAAAACGAGCGCACCUCAUCAUUGCUCUCGUAACGUCAGUAAAGGACGCAGUAAAGGUGGCUUUCUCUGCUUCUUCGUUUUGAACCGCUUUAAUGAAAACGCGGCUGUAGGAGUGUUUAGGAAGAGAAACACAAGCUUGUUCGCCGAGAUGUUUCACAGAAGUAAAACCAUGAAAGGUUUGCUAAGUAUUGUCCCUGGGAAACAACGACUAGGGGCGUACAGGUUCCUACCUAUCUUUUUCUGCAUUGGAGGAGUCAUGGAGUGGAUCAUGAUCAACGUGAGGAUAGGACAUGAAACUUUCUACGAUGUCUACAGAAGAAAAAAAUCAGAGCGGCAGUACCAGCAGAAGACAGCAGACAGCAGUUGAUCUAGUACUCCUUGUACUAGAUCAACACGGAGCCAAGUGAAUGAUGGUCAAACUUCACAAGAGUCGCCUAAGGACGCACCGCUGGACUCAAACUCCCUCACUGGUUUCACAAUUAAAUCGCAAGCAUAGAGACGCUCUGGACGAAAAAAGAUGUUGGAGGAAUCCCUUCCAGCUUGCAAGUUUUACAGGCUUUACUCUGAAAAUACAGAGUCAAAAAAACAAAACAACACAAGUUAAUCUUAGUGUAAUAUUAUCAUAUGUUUGAGAUUAAGACUGUUUUAAGUGACAAUAAAUAAUACUAAAGUAACAGAACAAAAUAUUUGUAUCUAUAAUUUGAGGUAUUGUAUGGUUGAGGUAAUGACAGUAUAAAAAUGCAUCUCAAAACUAAUCAGCCAGAUUGUUCUUAUUCUGUCAUUCGUCCUUAUCCCUCAUUCACUCUGUGAAAUUGUGCGUUUUUAUGUGUCAGUUGUACCAGCCGACAGAAAGAAACUGUUUGGGUAUCCCGACAGCUUGAUGGGGUCCCCAUUCAGCCUCACACGGUCCAGGUUGGAUCGUAUGUAGUGGCUGGUGUCGCCUUUGCAGAACAUCUCGUCUGUUAUAGUUGAGAUAUUAUUGUUCUGUAGGAAAAAAUGAAAGAAAAAAAAGCCUGAAGUGCUAAAAGGAUUAACUGUACGUCUUUCUCUUCUCUUUAAUUAAAAAAAAAAAACUUGCAAUAGACCUUACAUGCAGGGGAAAAAUACGAAAGGAUUCUGUAAGUUUAGACACUGCUGUUAGUUCAUUAUCUUCGAAGUCUUUUGAACAGUUCCACAUUUUGCAUUGUUACAGUGAUGAGGAAAAUAAUGAUGGAUGGCUUUGAACAUAUACAAAUAAAAAAAAUCUAUAUCUUUCAGCAUUGAUCCAUUUUAGUCAGAAACCCUUCAAUAACAUCAAAUACUCCCAGUUGCAUUCAGAAUAAUUCAAACUGAGUCACCUGAAUAAAAAUAAAGCACUUACUCUGUGAAGGCAUCAGCCAGUGCUACAAUAGGAGCUUCUUAAGCAAAGCAUUUUCAUGUGUUAGAAUGGCCCAGUCAAAGUCCAGACCUAUAGCCAACUUGAAUAAAGCUUAGCAACAGCGGUUUUUGCAAUAAUAAACAAAACUUCCAUUCCCUUCCUAUGCAAAGCUGGGAGAAAUGCACCCUGAAAGCUGUUAGCUGUACUGGCAACAAACAGUGGUUCUGUGCAGAAUUGACUCACGGAGGCUAAAUAGAAAUGUAGAGAUUUUUCAGAUUUUUAUUUGAAACAAAUAUUGAAAAUCAUUGUACUUCCUUUCCACUUACAAUUAUGCACUACUUUAUGUUGUUGUCUAUCAUCAAAUUUUAAUGAAAUACAUUAAAGUUUGUGCUACCAGCUUGACAAAA